UGGUUUAGUGUCGGGUUGCGUCCCAUCGACGCCGCAUCACGUGCCGCACGCCUUCACGUCGCCGCACUUGCGCUUGCGCUCUUAACAUGGACUGUUUUUGUAAUUCAAACAUAACCGCGGUUUAAUAUUCUGUAGAUACAAAACUCUAUCGUCGUAGAUAAUAGAACGAGUGACCUGUGAUAUAGAGAAUUUUCCGAUUUCCCAAUGAAAAUGAACAUGCAAACGGAAUGGAGCUCAUGAUUUCAGUGUGUUUUUGCAUCUGCACAGUAUUUACAGUGAUACAUAGUGAUAGUGAACUACAUUGUGAUAAGCACCAGAUAAGGACAUUCGAGAUACGUGCAAUAUGAUCUGGUCGACCAACACGUCGAACUAAGACCGGCCGCACCAGACGAUGCUAAGACUGAACCUGACUUACCUAUAGGUUGGGCUUAUAAAACUGACUGACUUUAGGAAAUGUUGAUAGGGGAGUGGACUUAUAGUGCGUGUGUAUAAAAGCGAUGCAUGGUGUGUGAGGUCGGAUCGGCCAUGGACAUGAGUGGCGAGGGAGCGGGCUCGGGGGCCAGCGCGCUGCAGCAGCGCUGGUACGAGGGCCGCGUCAACGGCAGCCCGGCCGCCGGCGACGUCACCGCCGACGCCAAUGGCGACGGCUUCUUCCACUCGCCGCUAGAGGGCGGCCACCACAGCCGCGCGCGGUACUACCACCAGCAGAUGCACGGGCCCUACUCCGCCGCUGUCUCCUCACACGGUCGGACGCUAAGCGGCGGCAGCGGGCAGGUGUGCCGGCCGCACUUCCACACGCCGCUGCACCCGUGGCUGGAGUCGAAGGCGCUGAGCGGCGGCGCGUGGGGCAGCGGCUUCCAGCAGGACGCGGCGCCGGCGGACAAGCCGCUGUCGCCCGCGCAGCACCACCACCCGCACCCGCUGUUUUCGUUCCCGCCGACUCCGCCCAAGGACUCGACGCCGGACUCGGUGGCGGCGGCGGCGCUGGGCCAGCAGGACUACCAGGCGGCCGUGGCGCACGCCACCGCCAUGAGCGUGGCCUUCAUGCAGCAGCAGCAGGAGCUGCCCCUGUGCGGCGACGUCAAGCCCAUGAUGGGCGCGCCGCCCUCCAAGCAGCGCGAAGGUGCGCAGCCGGACUCGUGCCCGCAGGAGUCGAGCCAGCCCUCCGGGGAAUACAACGCACAGUACAACGCCGCCGGCGGCGACUACUACAACUACCAGGGCAAGGGGUAUAGUGGGCAGCAGCAGAGCAAGCCGCGACCGAACAAGACGCGAACUAGCGCCGAGGGUCGGGAGUGCGUGAACUGUGGCGCGACCAGCACUCCGCUGUGGCGACGCGACGGCACCGGCCACUACCUCUGCAACGCCUGCGGCCUCUACUACAAGAUGAACGGACAGAACCGACCCCUGAUCAAGCCCAAGCGAAGAUUGGUGAGUUCACUCCAAAGUGCGGCUCGACGAGCGGGGACCUCGUGUGCUAACUGCAAGACCACCACCACCACGCUGUGGCGACGCAACCAGAAUGGGGAACCAGUCUGCAAUGCUUGCGGCCUCUACUAUAAACUACAUAAUGUAAACCGGCCUCUCACGAUGAAGAAAGAAGGCAUCCAGACCAGGAAUCGCAAGCUGAGUAGUAAAAGUAAGAAGAAGAAGGGGGGCAUGGGCAUGGGGGGUGGCGGUGCAUGUGCGCUCGCCCUCGGCGGGGUCAUGGGGGACAUGAUCAAGCCCCUGGGGGACGCCACCAAAGGCUUUGGGGGCUCGGCCUUCCCAUCCGCAAUGGACUUCGGUCAGCACCAGGUCGGUCUGGUGCACCCCGCGGCGGCCCACAUGUCGCACUGGUACGGGGCGCCGCACCAGGGCUUUGCCCCGCCGCCUGCAUCACACAACCCCUAUCACCACCAUCACCUCGCGCAGCUCAAUUCUAUGACUGGCUGGAGGAGUGAGUACACGUGAUAAGUCAACCAAACAAGAGUAUACAGUUAAUAAAUAAUGUCCUAAGUAUUCAAGAGUCCUGCCAAUGCAGACAAGUGACGUCACAAAGAAAUCGGAGGCAACAAAACACGCUGUGAUUUCGUUAAUGAGUAUCUACUCAUAUAUUAAACACAUCACAUUAAUUAAUAAGACUGUUGAACAGAAUUGACGUUUGUACUUCUAUACAAACAUGAGGUUUGAGCAACGAACGCGGCUAAACUAUCUACGAGGCUUGUGAAGAAAAUGACAGUUAAUUAAAGAUGGCCGAUACCCGCUCACUAAAACCUCGCCUUACAGUUCCGAAGAACUGAACAUAUCCUGAUUUUGAACACAAUAAUGUCCCAGUUUAUCGUUCCCAAUAAAAGACUUUGAUACGCGAUCAGUUUCCUAAAAGUAUUAAAAUUAAGAGUGUUUUACAUGGAGUAACUAGCGAAAUUGUACAGUAUUAUAAUAUUAGGUAAGGUCGGUUAUGAAGUCUUUAUCGUAUAAGUAUAGUUCAAAGGAGAACAAAUAAUUUUGUGUAUUUUGUACAUAUCUUACUAAGUUAUAUUCCGUUCCUGUGUAAAUUGAUUUUAUUCUUUUUGAUAUUUUAUUCGAACGGCUUUUUUCGCUAUAGGAAUUGUGAUGUGUUCAAAAAGAUAAGCAGAAAUCAUUUUUUUUGUACAUUUUAUUAUUUGUGUAGAUGAUAUAAUUAUGAAUGAAAUGCAAUAGUAAUUUAUGUAAUAGUUAUAUACAAUGCAACUUGUAAAUAAAUAGCAGUUUUGAAUAGUGACAUUAGCAGAACUGAUUUCGUUGAUGCGUCAGACUUGAGAUUUUGUUAUAAAUUAUUCAACUGGUCACUAAAUCGAAUUAGCUAUUGAAUAUUUAUGUAUAAAAUAAAUUUGUUUGUCACAAGGUGUAAUAUAAAUUUUGUAUCACAUUACCGUUGUAAAAUUAAGAAUAUUGAGUGGCCAUAAAUUUUAAAUUACGGGGUUUUGUAUGUGCUUGUAACAUAUAAACACACAUUUGUACCAUAUAAACAAAAGAAAGUUUAAUGCAAAGAGGUUAUGUUAAACAUUGUCUCUGUUUUGGAAUGCACCUUGUAUUGUAAAGCCCGGUGUGGCUUAAUUCUGCAUUUUACUGUCCGUGUGUAAUUACAAUAAGGCUUCCGUCAAAACGCGAUCGCCGAGUAAGAAAACAUAAUUGCAUGUUACAACCACAAACAUCUCGCCUGUACCCCAAAAUAUGUAAAUAUGAAAUGUAAAUGAAACAUGUAGGAAA